CGCUAAAACCCUUGCGCUCCAAACCCUGCUCUCUACGAGAUUCAAGACAAAGUUCAACGAUUUCGGAUCGAAGAGGAUUUGAAGAAAAAAUGGAAGAAAAGGAAAAUGGUUUGGCGAGGGGGAAGCUGAUGGAAGGGAUGGCAUCCAUAGCACUAUUACCGAGUGGAUCUAUAUCUGGACACUUCAUUCAUCUUCCACACUCUAUCUGCUAUGGCCUUCACGGCACUGAGUUGGCAUGUGAAAGGGAGUGCAGCAGGGGGGAGGAUUACCGCUUAAUCAAACUUACAAUUACAGACUUUAAUACUAGGAGAGAAAGGGAUGUCAUAGUGGAAUGCAAAGGUCAUGAUGCUGCUAGGCUAAAUAACGUUGACCAUGCUCAUGGGUGGGACAAUGAUGUUAUGACUUUGCUUGAAGAGAAGCACCAAAAACAAAAUAUUUUGGUUUCUUUCGAGUGCGAAACACUAAAAGCUGAAAAAGAAGCGGAGGAGCAUAUCAACAAGUUCAUGCCCAAGUUAGCAGGGAUGGAUGCUGUUGUUAACAUAGGCAAGAUGAGCAUCUCUGGGUUAAACUUUGAAGAGGAAACUGAAUAAAAGCAACAGAAAAAUGCUGGAUUUCGUGGAUAUCGUUCUUCCUCAUGGUGGAACCUCAGAAACUUACUAUUGUUCAGUUGCACUGCCUUGACUAGCUUAUAAAAAGUGUUUUGUUUGAUGGCAUCUUAUCCUCAUGUCUAUAACCUGAAACAGAAACUUCAUUACAAUCCAAGUUUUUUUUUGUUUUCCCCUUCA